UUAACACAUCCAGUGGAAAUGACAAACCAGAGGCGCUCCACGGGCCAGCGUGUCAAACAGAAACACUAAUCAUGGGCAUUAGCUGCAGCAACUCUUCCGAAACCCACAAACCAAGACACUAACAAGUUAUCUUUGGGCCUUUCGGUUUGGUCUGCGGACGCGUCAGAGUUGGAGCGGACUCGCCAGAUGGACGUCGAUGGACAGGAAUGAAUCCUCCGCUACUAAAGGACUGAAGCAAGGAGGAAAAGAAACCUCUGCAUGUUUAAGUUUCCUGCUAAAACUACAGGGGCAUCGCUUCGUGCGCGUUGGAUGUGGGUGCGUGUGUGGAAGUGUGUGUUGGGUGCGUGUGUGUGCGCAAACGGAGGACCAGAAGCGGCAGUGGCGGCGGCGGUGGUGGAGGUGGCCGCGGGAAGGGAAGUUUAGCGCCGUGAUUUGUCUUCUUCUUUCCCUCUACUCUGUUGUGUUAUUUUCAUGCCAAACCGGGGGACAGGCGGAUUAAGGUUUCCCUGAUGAAAAUUAACCAUCUGCAGAGGGGCUCUGUGAUCGUGACUACGAUGAUGAUGUCGAGUAAGAGCGUGGAGUGGCUGCAGGAGGAGCUGGAGUCCGGGGCCGGCUCUCUGCUGCUGCUGGACUGCAGACCCCAUGAGCUGUACGAGUCCUCGCACAUCGAGUCCGCCAUCAACCUGGCCAUCCCGGGCCUCAUGCUGCGGAGGCUGAAGAAGGGUAACCUCCCCAUCCGCUCCAUCAUCCCCAACAACGAGGACAAGGAGAAAUUUGUCAAGCGCUGCAAGACGGAUGUGGUUGUCCUGUACGACGAGGCGAGUCCGGAGCGACAGGAGUCCGGGCUGGGGAGCUCCGUGCUGGGCUUGCUGCUGCAGAAGCUGCGGGACGACGGCUGCAAGGCUUUCUUUUUGGAUGGUGGCUUCAACAAGUUCCAGUCUGAGUAUCCUGAGCACUGCGAGACCAAUUUGGACUGCUCGUGUCCCAGCAGCUCCCCGCCAUCCUCCGUCCUCGGUCUGGGAGGACUCCGCAUCAGCUCUGACUGCUCCGACGGGGAAUCAGACAGAGAGCCAGGCAGUGCCACCGAGUCGGAGGGCAGCCCGCUCCCCAACAACCAGCCAGCAUUCCCGGUCCAGAUCCUGCCGUACCUUUACCUAGGCUGUGCCAAAGACUCCACAAACCUUGACGUGCUCAGCAAGUACAACAUCAAGUACAUCCUGAACGUGACGCCCAACCUGCCCAACAUGUUCGAACACGAAGGAGAUUUCAAGUACAAACAGAUCCCCAUCUCCGAUCACUGGAGCCAGAACCUGUCACAGUUUUUCCCAGAGGCCAUUUCAUUCAUUGAUGAAGCACGCUCCAAAAAGUGCGGUAUCCUGGUGCACUGUCUGGCCGGGAUCAGCCGCUCGGUGACCGUCACGGUGGCCUACCUGAUGCAGAAGCUCAACCUGUCACUGAACGACGCGUACGACUUUGUGAAGCGGAAAAAGUCGAACAUUUCCCCAAACUUCAACUUCAUGGGCCAGCUGCUAGACUUUGAGCGGACGCUGGGCCUCAACAGCCCCUGUGACAACCACUCGACCUCCCCGACGCACGACCAGCUCUUCUUCACCACGCCGACCAAUCACAAUGUGUUUCAACUAGACACGCUGGAGUCCACAUGAAAAUAAGACAGUGGAUGGUCCCGUUUUUUUGGAGGAGAAGUGGUGUAUUUGCCACGGUAUCAAGCGACUACACUGGAGGGAAACACCAGGGUUUUAAUGAAUGUUUGAGCCUCCCAGUGUCUUGUCGUCUGAGAGCCUGGUCACAGAGCAGCGUUGGAGGGACAGAGGAGGCCACAGAUGCCACGUAAAAAAAGAACAGGAGUCUUUUUUUUUUUUUUAAACCAGAAGGGGAUCUGAUAGACAGUUUACAAUAGCGUUCUCCUUGAAAGUGAUUGAAAUCGAGGGAGAAGGAGCCCUGAUCUUCUUGUUUUGUAACAAAGAACUAAGGAGAUUUAAGUGACUGAAAGACUGCAGCAGCUUCAUACAAAGAUAGAAACGUGGAAAAACCUCCAGUGCUCGAUUUUCUGAGACGACAACAUCCUCUCUGUCUUUCUGUCUCGGCUCUCGAGCUGAGCUGACUGGUGCCAAGUGGAGAAUCUGGGAUUUACUUGUCGGAAAUCUCGCUCUACUGAAUGUAGAGUUUAAAAACCAAGGAAUUAACACACACACACACACACACACACACACACACACACACAUAGUAUGUAUGUUUGUACUGUAUGUAUGUAAACGUACAUAGCAGCAGCAGUCCUUAACAAAAUCAGUAUGUCUUUAUGCAUUUUUGUAUAUUUUUGUGUACAUUUACGCACAAAUCUAUACCUUAUAUAAAUAUAUACGCAUAGAAAUCUUAUCUAUCCAAUCCAAUAAUGGCUUAAAGGAAUGUAAAACUAAAGAAGGGGAAGAGGUGUGCUCACACAAACAAAAAGGAACGUUUUGAGUGAUAUUCGUAGUUGUCUUUUAUUUUUUAUGUCGAUUUUUUUUUUUUCUUUUUUUUCUGUAGGUUUGUAAUGACCUAAUGCAGUUUGCACAGUGGUGUAGCCACUGACUUCUUGGCACUUGAUGCAGGCAGAUAAAGAGACAUUCAGAGGAGAGAGGCCAGUCCCAGGCUGCGAUGAGUCCCGACAGCUGCACAGAGGAGCAGGGAGGGAGCAGGAGCUGGGACCCCGGCAAAGGAACGAGUUCUGGGGGGUUUAGAGGGUACCAGGGCACAUGGGGCCAGGGAAUCGGGGUCCCGUAGGAGGGAAGAUAAUACAAAGAUCUGGAAAUGUUUGCCAACAUCUUUAGGCCCCAGUUUCUACUUCCUUUCUCAAAAGACUUCAUUAGUCCAGUUGCCUAAUAAGAGGCACCAGUUGUUUCCACCAGAUGUUUUUUUUUCCAGUUAGAAAUUAAAAUCUAAAUUUAAAAGUUGUUCCAAUACCAAUACUGCCUAAAAAAAGUAUGCCAAAAACAAGCAACAACAGUGUGGUUCUAGCAAAGAGUUAAAUGCUAGGUAAAGCUAGCAAAAUGUUAGAAAUUACAUGUCUUUCCAUUUAUUUUAUGUGCAUUUUUUAUUACAAAAGUAUCAGAGGGUUACUUGGUAUGAGCCAAUAUUCAGAUAGGUACCAGAUUCGGUAUCAGGAAGGCAAAAGUAUCAGAACAUCUUUAAAAAAACAUCCAUGUUUUCUUUUUCUUUUUUUCAAAAUGGUCUUUUUAGGUUUUCACUUUCCCAGUCUAGGCAGAGACUUUGAAUGAAGAGUUAGCGGUGUUGAUAGGGGACGCCAAGGCAGCGCAGACAUUUCUGAGCAACAUUCUGGGCAUUAGGCAGUGCCUCAUACUUAUAUUUCCUUUCCAUAUUUCCUGUUCAUUUAGGAUUAACGGGUACAGGUUUACCAAAAAACAGGACUAUGAUUGUAAUGUGGCCUCCUUGUUGGGAUUGUGUUGUUGUGAACUGGGACUGGCCUCAGCUACAGACUGCACUUAGCUACUUAACAUAGCUACACGUCCACCUGCAUUGGAAUGCAAAGAGAAAGAUUUUUCUAUCAAGAGAUCGCUCGUUUUGUCAAAGAAAAGUUUGUUUGAGUUGAUUCACCCUUAAGCCUUGGGUAUAUAGUAUAAAAGAUAUAUUAAAACACAAAUGGAUACACAUAAAUAUAUAUAUCAUAGAGCUUAUAGUAAACAGAUCUAUAUUAUUUUGUAUACCUGAGCAUGCUGUCGUGCCGUAUGCUCUCUAACAGUAGACGUAACCACGGGUUUGAUGUUGCUUUAAGAGGCGGAAGACGAAUGAUGGGGACUGUUUUUUUAACUGCUGUUGCUGCUGAUCACAGCGGUACACAGCAUGUGGCAAAGAGUUGUCUGAGACCCUGUUCACAUCCGAAGCAUCUUAUCAAGAAUGAUGCAGACAGGUUUUUUUUUCAAUCAAGGUUUCCCAUUUUAAGCCCAUAAGCGUGUUUAAGUCCGACCUGAUAUUCCUCCAUGAUCAUUUGCAUAAUUGGCACUUCAGAAAUGCUUUAUAAGGCUACCUGGUCUUCUCAAUUUGUGUAAUUUUAAAAUAUUACAGUGAUUGAUUUGACAUAUGCUGUAAAAGCUUCUUCUAGCUGUAGAGCAACGCAGUAAUUAUAGAGAACACAAUAAGGCCACAGGUGCUUAAGAGGGACCAGAAAAAUGAUGCUAAUGUAGCUAUGAGCAUGAUACUUUUUUACUUGUGCAGAACAAAUCUGCAUGGAUUAACCUGUUAAAUUGUAAACUUAAAUUGUUUGCCAAAUAGUUUUAUACUUGAUGUAUUGAUUUGAGUAUUUUCUCAGACCAAAUAAAAAUCCUUACUCAUGUAACUCAGUAAGUAUUUUUAGGUUUCUAUUCUCCUCUCGGAUAGCUUCCAGACCACUGGAACAAUUACUGCUUUAAGAACAUCUAAGUGAUGUUCAAACUAUAUGUAAGGGUCUCUCAGGCCCUUUGUUGGUCAUAGGAAGACCUUUCGUUGAACAUCAAUAGAAAAGUUAAAGUAGAACACUUCAGGACAAAUGUUUUUAUAUGAUUUUUGUUUUUGCAUGAGGCCCAUAAUUUAAAGCAAACCUCAGAAAUCUGCUGUCAAAGCCUUGAUGUGAACAGGGUCUACAAGAGACAAAGAGCUGGGUUUCAGAGGGGACAGCAGAAGCUGAACAGGGUUGAUUUAAGCUGGCCUUAUAUACUCUUUCUAACUUGUUUCUAAUGCUGACUGUUCAAUACUUUGUAUCUCACUUUAAAAAAAGAAAACCUUGUGUAAGACAAGACACAUUUGUUUAUCUGUUAUUUGAAUCAUAAUAUGGUAACAACGGACAUCGAGCUGUCUUUGUACCAUAACGGGUCACACGAGGUCCUCUUUGUUACUCUGCAAUAUAUCAAAACACCUUUUUUUUGCAGUAUUUUGUAGAUCCAAGACCUCAAAGUUUUUAAAUCUUCUUCUUUUGUACUAUAUCUAUUCUACAUUAGUAUACAACUUACAGCUCAGUAUGGCUUGUGGACUGAAGUAACAUUUCACCUGGGGUGUCCAAAUUGUUUGCCCAUUAGCAACCUGGAAGAGGCUAUGACAUAUACUUUACACACACACACACACGCACACACACACUGCUUCACACAGCCAAUAGCUGUGGUUUAGCAUCCCCGUUAUGAUCCACAAUAGAUGAUAACACCCCCAGGCUUUAAUCAUUACAAGGUCUUUUUGCGUCUUGUUUUAAUAUGAUGUGCUCUAUGCUAUUCCUGUGGCCUUUCAAUAUGAAUAUAUAUCUAAGAAUAUAUAUGUAAUGAAUUUAUAUGCAAAAGUUCCUCUCCUAUCAUAGCAUCAGAGACCAUAAUAUCAACCAUGCUUAAAUGGUCUCCCCUUGUCUGUAGUCAAAUCCCUAUUACAGGAAGGAAAUUGUUAAGGACUUGACCACCUGCACCCUAGGAUUGAAAUAUAUUUCAGUACGAAGCUUUUCUAUUUCAAAUGAGAAACGGUUGAUUUUCACGAUGCUUUCUUGUGCUUUUUGUGUCUUUGUAACAAUGAAAGAGAAAUCAAGUCUUUUUCUCUGUUUGUAAAUUUGCCAGAUCAUGGGAACGGCUGUUUCUGUGUCCUUAAAACUUGUAGCUACAUCUCGGUAAGAAUGUGCUUGGGAGGGAAAGACGUGAAUGAGUGAGAGAGAGCGAGAGAGAGAGAGAGAGAGGGAGAGUGGCAGCAAUUAAUACAAAGUGAAAGAAAACGUGAAUGAUUUCUAAAAUGUUUACCUCAGUGAGGAAUUUUUCAGGGAUUUUUUUGACAAUGCAUCUUGCAUCGUGUUACAGCUUCAAACACACGUUGACUAGCUGUUUUGUAUUGUGCUGUAAACACUUUUUAAAAACAGAUGCAAUCUGUCUGUGUAUAAAACAAGGGGCAUGUUAACGGGGGCGGUUUCACCUUUCUGUCUGCUGAAGGAAAAAACGUUUGACCCGGUGUAAUGUACAGUAUAUGGAAACAACACAUGACAUGUUUAUACUGCAAAUAAAUACUGAAAUAUUUUUUUUCUUUAA